ACUGGGGGCUGUUCGUGAUCUUCUCCCGAAUUCAAUCAACGCCAGUGCUCUUUGUGUGAGAACUUCUUGUAGAAAGGACGCUUUGAAAAGAGCUCCAAGAGUAUACGUCUUGAUUAAUAGUAAUAUGAGUAAUGCACCCUACGAAAAUGGAUCAGGUCUAGAGCAGCAAUUUGCUGGUCUGGACUUGCAGGAGAAACGGACAGCAUACGUUCCUCCUCAUCUGCGCAAUAAACAACUUGUCAGUGAUUCUAGCGGGGAUCACAGGUCGGACUAUUACGACAGUAGGGACCGUGAUCGGGAUAGGGACCGUGAUCGCAAACGAGGUGGUGGCUACCGCAGCGGCGGGGGCGGCGGAGGUGGAGGAGGUGGUGGCGGCGGCGGCGGAGGCGGAGGUGGGGGCCGUGAUUACGGCCGGGACCGCGACCGCGGCGGCCGCUAUGAGAACGGCGGCGACGACCGUUGGGGCGACCGCGACCGCGACUCUGGGCGCCGCGAUGACUGGGGCCGCGGCGGACGCGGCGGUGGUGGAGGUGGCGGCGGCGGCAGCUGGAACGACCGCCGCGACCGGGACCACGAGCCCCCUCGCGGGAAUGACCGCUGGCAGGAGCCGCCCUCGAUGGGUGAACGCUCCAGGGACGGCGGUCGCGACGGUGGUCGUGACGGCGGCCGCGACGGUGGCCGAGGAGGCGGACGCGGACGCGGGGAGAUUGACUGGACCCAGCCUACGGCCCGCGAUGAGCGUCUUGAGCACGAGCUGUUCGGCUCAAGCAACACGGGGAUCAACUUUAAUAAAUAUGAGGACAUACCCGUGGAGGCGACGGGUGAGAACGCCCCGGCUCACAUCAGCUCAUUUGAUGAGGUCAAGAUGACAGACAUUAUCAAGGCCAACAUUGCUUUGGCCCGCUAUGAUAAUCCCACACCUGUACAGAAAUAUGCAAUCCCUAUAAUCAUGGGUCAACGUGACUUGAUGGCUUGUGCCCAGACUGGUUCAGGAAAAACUGCCGCUUUCUUGGUGCCAGUGUUGAAUCAGAUGUAUGAGCGUGGACCUCAAGAACCACCAAAUUCUAGGAGCUACAACCGUCGGAAGCAAUUCCCCAUGGGGUUGGUUUUGGCCCCUACUAGAGAAUUAGCUACUCAGAUUUAUGAUGAAGCCCGCAAGUUUGCCUACCGUUCCCGUAUGCGCCCCUGUGUUGUUUAUGGAGGUGCCAAUGUUGGUGAUCAAAUGAGGGAGUUGGAUCGAGGUUGCCACCUCUUGGUUGCAACACCAGGUCGUCUGUGUGACAUGCUUGAAAGAGGCAAAAUUGGUCUGGAGAACUGCAGAUUCCUUGUACUGGAUGAGGCUGAUCGUAUGUUGGACAUGGGUUUUGAACCUCAAAUUCGCCGCAUUGUUGAGAAGAACAACAUGCCUGAUGUAGGAGAACGUCAAACCCUCAUGUUCUCUGCUACUUUCCCUAAAGAAAUUCAGAUGCUUGCCCGAGACUUCUUGGACAACUACAUUUUCUUGGCUGUUGGUCGUGUGGGAUCAACUUCUGAGAACAUCACUCAGCGUAUUGUCUGGGUUGAGGAAUAUGACAAGCGUGAAUUCCUUCUUGACUUGCUAAAUUCGUGGAGGGGUGCAGAAAAUUGUGAGGAGACAUUGACUCUGGUCUUUGUUGAGACUAAGAAAGGUGCUGAUUCUCUUGAAGAGUUCCUACACAAUGACGGCUAUCCCGUUACAUCAAUCCAUGGUGACCGCUCUCAGGCAGAGCGAGAGGAUGCCCUGCGCAGUUUCCGCUCUGGCAGAACCCCCAUUCUUGUUGCCACUGCUGUUGCUGCUCGUGGUCUUGACAUUCCCCACGUGAAGCACGUCAUCAACUUUGACCUGCCUUCUGAUGUUGAGGAAUAUGUCCACCGUAUUGGUCGUACCGGCCGUAUGGGUAAUACUGGACAAGCCACCUCGUUCUUCAAUGACAAGAACCGCUCUCUGGUGCGGGAUCUUGUUGAGCUCUUGGUAGAAACCAAGCAGGACCUGCCAGAGUGGUUAGACAACAUGGCAGCCGAUCCUCGCCAAUCUUCGGGCGGCCGUCGUGGAGGUGGAAAAGGAGGACGCUUUGGCGGUGGCGGCUUUGGUGCCAGGGAUUACCGUACUCAACCUGGAGGCGGUGGUGCUGGCGGCGCCCGCAGUGGCGGUGGACGCAGCUAUGGUGGAAACUAUGGAGGUGGCGGCGGCGGAUAUGGAGGCGGCGGCGGCAACUAUGGAGGCUCCUACUCCAACAGCGGCGGCGGUGGUGGUGGCGGCGGCGGCGGCACAGACUGGUUCUUCUCCAACUGAAGCGUCCCCCCACUCCUCGCUUAACUACGAAUCUUUUAGGUUACUCAGUACCUUGACCAGUUUGACUAAUGAUGCUUCAACUGUGUGUACUCAAUGGGUAAAAUUUGUUGUUUCUCUGUAGAAGAUGACGUUCUUCUCUUGGUUUGUUGGAGUGCUUUAGGUUAUCAGCUUGCAUUAGGGAAUGUCUUUGAUUUGGCACAUAUCAUGCUUACCAGUAUUCAGUCAUUUGAUUGUUGGAAUUAAAACAAAAGGAGAACUGGUGGAGAGUGAUAAUUUAUGGUGGUCCAGCCAGUUCUUUUGACAAGAAAAUGUAGUGCUGUAUUUGGUCAAAGAAAGAACAGUUUGGAAGUGUCCUCAUUUCCUCUAUCCAUACCCUACUCUCGGUACCAAACUGACUAAAUAUGUAUUGUGUUGCCAAACUUUCCUUUCCGCAAGGUGUAUAGGUAUAUCCCAUUCUUCUGUACAUUUCAAAAUUGUCUAAUGUUACACUGCACUAUUUACAGUUCUCCAUUUUUGAAAAAUUUUGUUCAUUGGCAAAAAAUAUUUGUACUAAAGCUCUGUUUUCCUGUGCUUCUGCUGAUUGUUUGAUAACAUUUUAGAAUGUAGGCUGCUUUUUUUCCUUUUUUAAAGUAAUUUGAAAGUGGGGUUCAGUUUCAGGUUGUAUCCUGACACUAGAAUUAAAUUGAUAUCCUCAUAUAUACAUUAUUAGGUCAUAAUUAUAAUGUCUCACCACAUCAAGGCAGGAUAAUUUGGUCACUUUAAUCAAGAUCAUUUGAGUGCAAAAGACAAAGACAUGGUUUACUACUGGAUUUUGAAUGUUGCACAACAUGUCAUGUGUAGUUAGGUUUUAGGUCAGUUUGUUUGUUCCACCCUCAUGAUAUAUGGUUGAUAUUAUUUUUUUUUUUUUACUGGUUCCCACCAAAGAAUUUUUUUACUUAAGUAGCUUAUUCUAGAUGUUUUCCUAUGUGUCUAGGUCACAGGGCUGGUUGCUUUAUCUGGGGACCUAGAGCAUUGAUUCAUUUCGUUGAUGUGUGCAUAGUUCUGGCCUGUUUUAGGGCUGAAUCAAUAUUUUAUGAAGGAUUCCUUUGUUUUUAUGUUUCAAGUUGUUUUACUGUAAAAGGUCACUUGGAUUACCUUGGUCCAAUGUGCUGUGGAUUGUUGAUUAUUGACUAAUUCCACGGCCCAUAAGCAGGCUAGAGCUGUCUUCCGAAUAUGUUUGUGAGCAGCUUUCUUUCUCUGAUUGUUGGGAAAGUUUCCUGCCGUGCUAUUGUCCUGUACAUGGCUACCUCCAAUUUUAGUUGGUUGUGGCACAUUAUUGAGAUCAAGUAUGUAUUUUAGAUUCUAUUAUGUAGACUCCAUUUUGUAUUUAUUCUCCGCUUAGGAGCAAUGGUUAAGUUUUCAUGUUGUACAGCAUUGUACAAAGUCUACAUGUCAUGAAGCUUCAUUUCUUUUUGAUGCUAUUCAUUUCAUAGAAUGAGUGAGCCUUGUACCAGUUUUAAUGCAUUGCAUUGUGUUUUUUGCCGGUAUAAAGCUGCAGUGGUAUGUGAACAAACAUUCGGAGUAAAGCAUGCAUUCCAGUCAACCUUUAAAACACCCUUCACUGACAUGAAUGAUGAAACUUAAAAUAUAUUUUGUGCUGCACUUGUAUGUUUAAUGUCUUCUGCAUAGGAUCAAGUACAUUUCUGUGAGAGUGUGUGUGAGACUACUUGAUUUAGACUUUGCUAUUUGUGAUGUAGUCUGGUGUUGGACCAUACUAGACAUCUCAGCUGACAGGCUGACGUGGUGGGCAAGUGCAGGUUCUGUGCCCUUAAGCAUUUUGCUGUCCCUGUGCAGAGUGUAAACACAAAUUGACUUUCUUUCACUGAAACAACCGUGGCUACUUGAGUGGAAAACCGACUCAAGAUUUUGCUAGAGCUACUUGUAAUGUAGGCUCUUUGUGCUGUGGCUGGUGUGGCAGUAUUUUUUGAGCCUUUUUGAUGUUAAAGUACUAUUACCCUGCAUGGAUGUAGGGAGUAAUAGUGAAAAUGUGGCCUGUGAGGCCAGAGCCUAUUUGCUGCGGCAACUGUGGACUGUGGCUCAAAGAAUAGUGCUAACUGUGGCAGUCUAAGGGAGACUGAAUUGCAGUUCAUGGACACAGAGAAGACAGUGAACCACACUCUUCUCCGUACUGUAUUAUUCUCCGUGAAGAUGAAGCUAGUCUUGUCUGAAGCUCCGGAGAGAUUAUUUUUCUCCCCAUUCUUCGUUGUUGAUUUGUAAGAAUUCUUUUAAUGAUUUGGAUUAAACCAAGGAGAACAAAUGUAUAGAAAUUAGGAAGCAACUGUGAUAGUGAAGUGAUCUGUUGUUUUAUAUAUUUUUUUUUCUUAAGUCCAUUUAUUGUUGUGCCAGUAGCACUGGCACAAUUGUAACAAAUGAGCCAAAUUAACAGAAUCAUUGAACUCCAAUUUUGCAGAUAUAUAAAACAAACGAUCCAGAGCCCUCACUUUGAAUUUAUUAAAGCACUAAGAUUUUAUUUCGUCAGAGGGUUCCUGACUUGUAAAGGAAUUUGUAAGUGUUUUAUGAGAACCCUUAUAUAUUGCUAAGAAAUAUGCCAAUGUUGGCAAUGUUAGAAGCAAGUCAACUUGUUAGAGAGGUAUUUCAUUUAUCUAUUUAUUCUGUUGAUUCACUGAGACAAAACUACCUUAUUUAUUGUCCUUGUGAUGGCAUACCUGCAGUGUGCAGUCAUUUGAACUUGAGUAUAUUCUUGUAAUGCAAGGUAGGAGAAGCAUAUGAAGCUGUGAUAGUAACUUUUAACUGUUUUGUAUGCAUUGCUUAACACAAUUGAAAGCAGACAUUUGGACAUGUCUGUAAGUUUACACGGAUAUACUGGUUCAAAUGAAUCAAGUUAGAUCAUUCUUUAUCUAUUUCCUUCCACAGAACCUCAUCCUUUCAACUGUGAAAGUGUUCUGGGUCGUGUUCUGCUGUGCCCUCAGCAUUCAAGAAUCAUUUUAAAAGAAUCUAUUCUUUGCAGCAGGUAUAAAUGAAUUGAAAAGUACCUUUGGAAUAGUUUCAAAAUAUUUUCUUUUUUUUUUAUUUACGAAAGUAUUGUAUAUCUGUGUGGAGGGUGUGUAACAGUGUGGUAACUUGUUAUGACAGCGGAGAUAUUUCCUGUGACUGCAAGUCAGUUCAAGUCAAGAGUCUACUGUUUUUUCAAACAGUGUGUGUAACAUGGUAUGACAUAAGGGAUGGCAAAAGAAAAAAAUAAAUAUAUCAGCAAUCAUA